CUUAUGAAUCAAAUAGUUUCUGGCAUUCAAUUCAACGUAGGCGCUAGAUACGAAGUGAAGAAAUUAUUAGGCGCUGGUGCCUAUGGACAUGUAGCCCUUGCUAUUGACAAGAAACAAACUGAUCCAGAGAAAUAGAAGGUGGCUAUCAAGAAGCUACAUCUAGUAAGAGAUGAGAUCGACGCAAAAAGAGUGUUGAGAGAGAUUAGAAUUUUGAGAACAAUGCAACAUGAGAAUAUUCUUCAUCUAGAGAAUCUCAUCUAUGAUGAUUCCAACAAAGAGUUGGAAUUUGGAGAGGUCUAUUUAGUUACUAAUUACCUUGAAGUGGAUCUCUACAAGAUUAUUAAGAGCGGAUAAAAUCUUACUGAUUAGCACUACCAAUACAUAAUGUAAUUACCAUACUCCUAUUUAGAUAUCAAUUACUUAAAGGACUAAAAUAUUUGCACUCUGCAAGUAUUGUCCACAGAGAUAUAAAGCCAAGCAAUAUUUUGGCUACUGAGAAUUGUGAAAUAUGCUAUUGUGAUUUUGGACUGGCAAGAUAAAUAGAAGAAUUGGAAGCAGAGGAUAAUAGAUGCCAAAACAUGUUGACAGAAUACGUAGUGACAAGUAUUAAAUAUCUAAUAAAUUUAGGGUAUUAUAGAGCUCCUGAAGUAAUGUUAUCAUCUCAUGAAUAUUCAACUGCAAUUGAUAUUUGGUCAUUGGGAUGCACAUUUGCAGAAUUAAUUACAAAGCAAAUUUUAUUUAAAGGAACGAAUUAUAUAUAAAUGAUAAAGUUAAUUUUUGACACUCUAGGUAAACCUUAAGAUGAAGACUUAUAAUUUAUAACUAAUAGUAAUGCAAAGAAAUAUGUGAAUAGUCUCUAGACAAAAAUGAAAUGUUCAAUUGGCAGCGUAAUCAAAUAUACAAAUCCACAUGCAAUUGAUUUGUUGGAUAAAAUGCUAGAAAUUAAUCCAAAGAAGAGAAUUACAAGUGCUGAGGUAAUAAUUUUAAUUAAUUCCUAGGCGUUAAAUCACCCAUAUUUAGAAUCAAUUAGAGAUCCUGAUGAUGAACCUUCAUUUGAAGGACACCUAGAUUCUCAGUUUGAAAAUGAUAGCACCAUAUUAUUAAAAGAUUUGAAAGUGUUAAUCUUAAAUGAACUCAAUUUGAUGAAAUAAAUUAAUAACGAACCUCUGAUUAAUAUUUAAUUAGAAGUAGAAAAAAGGGAAUAGAUAGUCAAGAUAAAUCAAUAAAAGAAACAAUAAUUGAAACAACAACAGUAAUAAUAAUGAAGAACUAAUUGAAACAUAUAAGUUAUUAAU